AUGGAUUGCUACGAUGAAUUGUUAAUUGAAAUAUUAUCUUUUAUUGAUAAGUACCAAGAUUUAAUCAAUUGUCAUUUGGUUGACUUUAUUACUGACAAUCUUUGGGAAAAAUGUUUGCCUAGUGCUUUGAAAAAAGAAUUAGAAGAACUGGAAAAAAUAAAUUAUAAUUUGACUGUUUAUAGUCAUAUAAAUGAAAAUUGUGAAUUAAAAAAUUUUAUUGAGAAAAUUAAUUAUUUAAACUUAAAAAAUAAUCCUCAUCUUUUAAAACUUGAAGACUUAUCUGUUUUAUCUGAUAAUAAAUUCAGCUGGAAUGAAUUUUGUAACAAAAAUAAUGACAAUAAUAGUAAAAUAAAACAAAACUUUAUGAAGGAUAAAAAGAAUUAUGAAAUUGAAGUUCUGACAAAAGUUAUUGGAUAUUUGUCAAAAAUAAAUUCGAGUUUAGUAAUUGAUGUUGGAGCUGGUAAGGGUUAUUUAGGUACAAGUUUGUAUGAAAAUUACAAAAUACCGGUAGUUGCUAUUGAUUCAUGUGAAUCAAGACACAAAAGUGCAAUCAGCAGACAAAAAUUGCUUUUGAAAAAAACACACAAGUCUUAUCCUCUGGUCCAGCAUACAAUCAAUUACAUAAAUGAAUCAACAGACUACUCACAGUUAAUAAAUUCGUCACUUCCAAAUUACAAUGGUCAGGAUAAUUAUCUUCUUGCUGGACUGCAUACUUGUGGAUCAUUGGCUGGAGCAAUGAUAAAAGGAUUUUUAAAUUCUCUGAGUCUUAAAACUCUUUGCGUAGUUUCAUGCUGUUAUCAUUUAACCGAGGAAUGUUUAACUGAAAAUUGUAAAUUUACGACAAAUGCUCGCAUGCUUGCUCAACAAUCAGUCGAGAGAAUGUCUAAAAAAUCUGAACAGUAUUCUCCUUCUUUAUUUUAUCGGUCAUUACUGCAAGUACUUUUUCAAUUUUUAGGGAUUCCCAACUCUAGAGUAGGCAGAGGUGCUCCUACAGAAGACUUUCCCACUUACGCAACCUGGGCUUUGAAGAAAAUUGGACUUGAACAAAAUCAAAUUCCUUCCACUGAAGAUUUAGAUAAAUUACAUCGAGCUUACGCCGAUCGAGAAUGGAAAAUGAAUGCUUUUCAAUACUUAAGAGUUCAUUUAGCUCCUUUAAUUGAGUCGGCUUUAGUUUUAGACCGGGUAAUUUAUUUACAAAAGAGUGGUAAAUGUUCAAAAGCAUCUGUUGUACGUAUUUUUGAUCCGCUAUUAUCACCACGUUGCUAUGCAAUUAUUGCUCUAAAGUAAUUAAAAAAAAAACCAAUAUAAUUACUAACCAUAGAAUAAAAUUUUAGUCUUUAAAUUUAACGCGCUAAUUUAAUAGAACUUAUUUUUAUAAAUGCGCAACGAGUCUUUUAAUUUUUUUCAAAGUAAAGUGAAAGGACGAAAAUAGAACCGGUCCUGUGACUAUUACUAGUUCAAAAAUAAUUUUUUGCACAUUCUCUAUGAUUAUAGAAUUUUUUCUAUUAGUUUAAAUACAUAAUACGCAAGUAUGAUGCAAUUUUUAUCAUUUUUACAUUUCCUUUUUUCAGUAAAUAGAUAAAUAGUUGCGAUACGAUAUCUUAACGGUGAAACUACCGGCAUUUUUCAGCUGGGAAUACACAAAAGAGAAAUAAUCAAUAACCAAACAAUACCACCGGGGACGCAUCAGUUCUCUCGUAACCGUUGUAAUAAAUUUACUCUUAAAUCUGUACUAAAUUUACUCUUCAAUUCACUACUUAUCGUUAUCCGAACUUGUUGAAUAAAUAAGUUAAAUUUA